UACAAAGAAGUCUUUUAUAUACUUUUAACAAACUCCAUAAUAUGAAGGUGAAUAAUACAUUCAUUUUAUAAACUUAUUCAAUGAUAUUGAAAAUAACCUCAUAAUUAGGUGUUUGUAAUCGGGACUUAUUUCUACAUUUUAUUUCAGAUCGGUACUCACGACGGAGUAUUUCAUUGCGACGAAGUACUAGCAUGUUUUAUGCUAAAGCAAUUGCCAGAGUUUAAAGACGCCGAAAUUGUGCGUACCCGAGACAACAGAAAGCUUGACGAGUGUGACAUAGUGGUGGACGUUGGUAGUGUAUUUGACCAUGACAAAAAAAGAUAUGAUCACCAUCAAAGGGAGUUUACUGAUACAUUAUAUUCGUUGAGACCGGAGUUAGGCGAUAAAUAUAAAAUAAAGCUGAGCUCUGCUGGAUUGAUAUACACUUAUUAUGGUGAAAAGGUAUUACAGCAACUUGCCCCAAAAGAAGUUCCACUGUCAGCUGAAGAUCUAAGAACAAUUUAUAAAAAGGUUUAUGAAAACUUUAUAGAAGAAAUUGAUGCAAUUGACAAUGGUGUACCAAUGACAGAUGAAGAACCUAGAUAUAAGAUACGAACACAUCUUAGUGUAAGAGUUGGCCGACUGAAUCCAGAAUGGAAUACAAACCAGAUUAUUAAUAUAGAUGAAGUAUUUGAGAAAGCAAUGAAAUUAGUAAGUGAAGAGUUUCUGUACCUAGUGAAUUAUUUUAUAUCAGUCUGGCUUCCUGCACGUGAUUAUGUCAAAUCAUCUUUGGAAAAUAGAUUUCAAGUCCAUAAGUCAGGAAAUAUUUUAGUGUUCAAUGAGAGAUUUCCUUGGAAAGAACAUCUGUUUGAUUUAGAAACUGAAAUGGGUAUUGUUAAUGAGACUAAGUAUGUUUUGUUUCAAGACAAACCUAAAUCCUGGAGAGUACAGUGUGUUCCAGUGAACCCAACAAGUUUCAUAACUAGAAAACCAUUACAUCCAAAGUGGUGGGGUGUAAGAGAUGAUGAGUUAAGUGAAGUGUCAGGUAUAGACGGUUGUAUUUUCUGUCAUAGCACUGGAUUUAUUGGAGGAAACAAUACCAAAGAAGGUGCCUUAAAAAUGGCUGUAGUUAGCUUAGAAGCUAAAGAUCAAAAUAAAUAAAAAACUUAUUACCUAUUAAAGUUUUAAAUCAAUGACUCAUGUAUAAUUUAUAUUUAAAAUAUUCCUAUUGUCAAAGUCAGAGACUGCUAAUCUAGAGUUCAUGCAUA